CUUCCUAUUUUGACGCCUAAAAUUGAUUUAAUUGUUACGUAAUAAGCAUAAUCCAUACGGAAAUGCACUUGAUAAUUUUUCGUUUCCUAAUUUCCUAAAAUAGCACUAGUUAAUAUAAAUACUUACAUGUGAAAAUGCAUUUUUCAAAUCCAUAUAAUUUUAAUGCGCGAUAUGAGGGUGUCAAUAUUUUUGUGCAGUUUUACAAUCAUGAUAUGCCUGGUCCUUGGGAUUCCCCAGAUGGGCGGGCAAGGCUGGAAUCAGAGGGAAAGACGUACCCAGAUGAGCAAUGGGCUGGGCCUGAAUCUGGGUUUGGGCUUGGGGAGAAGUUCUUCAGAUUCUGAGAUGGUAAGGGAAGGAGGUAUGAACGGCAAUUCGGCUUCUUCUUAUAGCACCACAGGAUUUAGUAAAAGACGCUACGUCGUUGGCUGUAAUGGACGUAGGGGACCACCAGGACCGCCAGGACCACCACCACAAACUACAACCACAACUGCGGCUACAACUACUACAACCGCUUCUUCAUAAUGGCAAUACCUAAAACGGAAAUAACAUGGCCUUUCUAAAAUUCU